AUGACGUUCGAGGAGAGCGUCCGUUUGAAGGUGGACGGGUCUCUGGCCGGCGCAGAGUGGUUCUCACAGCGAGUCCCGGCCAAACACGCUGGGUACAUCCAGCUUGGCCCGGAGAAACGUCUUUUUGCGGUGGCGAUGUAUCACGAGCUUCACUGCGUCAACACGUUCCGUAAAGCAUUGGCGGACCCAAAAGAUGCGGAUGGAACACCUCACCACGUCCAGCACUGCCUCAAUUAUCUUCGCCAACUCUUCCUUUGUUCCGCGGAUGCUACUCUCGAACCCUACGAUUGGACGUUGAGGAACUAUACCCAGGAACCAGUAGGCAUUACUCGCCAGUGUAGGGACUGGACUGUCGUCUAUGAGCGGAUGGAGGAGAGCUACGAUUCGUGGGUGCGCUUUCAAAGGAAUAGACAGCACGGGGAUUCUAGUGCUGGACAGGAACGGAAGCCUUGA